CCAUCAGGCGGUACUUUAGUUCCGCAGUCCGGUUUCGUUUCCAGUCGGACGUAUUUUGAAUCCGCAGCAGCAGACAUGGCGACCUCCAGCAGCAGAUCAUGUCUCCAGUACCUGAUCCACCUGGCUCAGGAUAACCUGGACUUCAGGCUGCCGGAGAUUAAGUCUUUGCUGGCUCUCAGAGGAAAACCAUUCCAUCCAAGAGGAGACUUCAAAGAAAAGACUCCUUUCUGGUGUCUGGAUGGUUUGUGCGAGGAGGAUGUCCGCGGCGUCAUGGCCAGAUCGGUUUGUGCAAAGUCUGCUUUUGAACUCUGGGGCCACGGAAAAACACACAGUGAACUCCGAACAUCCCUCUUGAAGUACCCGUCAGAGAACAUGUCACCAUUCAUGCACAAAGACUCAACUUACAGAAUCAACGUCUACACUUUCAACAAGACUCUGGAGUUUACAGACAGAAUCAAAAGGAUUGAUGCUAUGGACUAUCUUCCGUUUGAAGGAGCAGUGAGCCUGAAGAGCCCUCAGCACAUCUUCUGUUUGUUGGAGGAUUACGGCACGGACCCAAACGACAUCCCAGAGCAUCCCAACUACAUCUAUUUCGGCCGAUGGAUAGCGGACGGACAGCGUGAACUGAUCCGGUCCCACAGCGUGAAGAACAGACACUUCAUAGGGAACACCAGUAUGGAUGCUGGGCUCUCGUUCAUCAUGGCCAACCACGCUAAGGUCAACGAGAAUGACCUCGUCUUCGACCCGUUUGUUGGCACAGGGAGCCUGUUGGUGGCGUGUUCUCAUUUUAGAGCCUACGUGUGUGGAACAGAUAUUGAUUACAACACUAUUCAUGGCAGAGGUCGGUCGAGCCGUACAAACCAGAAGUGGCGAGGACCCGAUGAGAACAUCCGAGCCAACCUGCGGCAGUACGGAACAGAGGAGUUGUACGUAGACGUGAUGGUGUCUGACGCCUCUAAGCCUGUGUGGAGGGAGGCUCCUCUGUUCGAUGCCAUCAUUACCGAUCCUCCGUACGGUAUCCGAGAGUCCACGAGGAGAACGGGUUCCCACAAAGACGUCACUAAACCCACCGAGGGCAUCUACCUAGAGUCCCACGUCCCCGUCUCACAGGCGUACUUCCUCAGUGACAUCUUCACAGACCUGUUAAACUUCUCCGCCCACCACCUGGUCCUGGGCGGGAGGCUCGUCUAUUGGCUGCCUGUCUACAGACCAGAGUACUGUGAGGAGAUGGUGCCUCUCCACCCGUGUCUCCGGAUCAUCAGUAACUGUGAGCAGACUCUCUCCAGUCACACCUCCCGACGCCUGAUCACCAUGGAGAAGAUCAAGAAGCCUGAGGAACUGGACAGCCUGUCUCCUGUAGCAGACCCAGCCUUCAGCGCCUACCAGGGACACAACGCCUUCAGAGAGAAGUACUUCAGCGGACUGAACAAGAGAUGCAUCAAGGACGACAACAAACCCGUCGUCAACGGAGAGUGAACCGACCGACGGACCUCAACAUGAAGCGUCUUUAUAGAAGCGGACAGAAGAAUCAGAUGGACGUGGUCGUCAGUGGACUCAAAGACGGGAACAAACUGAUGACAUAUUUGUUACAGUUUUCAUUUUUUAAAUCUUUCUCACUAUUUUAAUUAUGAUUAUUUGUAUGCUUGUACUUACUGCUUUGCAAAUAAAUGGAUAAAAUACAAAUA